AUGACUGCAAAACUGACAAAUGAUCAGAUUAGGCAAUAUAAGGAAGCUUUUGAUUUGUUUGACACAGAUCACAGCGGUUCUAUUUCAGCUACCGAGUUAGCUACCGUGAUGAGGUCUCUUGGCUUAAAUCCCGAUGAAUCAGAAGUAGAAGACUUGAUAAAUGAAAUAGACAUUGACGGAAACCAUGAAAUUGAAUUUAAUGAGUUUUUAACAUUGAUGGCACGACAAACGGAUAGCGGCGAUUCUACACAAGAAUUAAUAGAUGCCUUUAAGGUAUUCGAUAAGAAUGGAGACGGUUUAAUAUCCUUUUCGGAGUUGAAACAAGUGUUUAAAUCAGUCGGCGAAGAUAUGUCUGAAGAGGAUAUGGAACAAAUGUUUCAAGAUGUAACUAAUGGUUCCAACGUGAUGACGUUAUCACAGUUUAUGACAAUAUUCUCCAAAUAG